AAAGAAGAACUCGCUGAUGGGCGGGAGAAUAUGUUUUGUUUUUGUUUUGGGCUCGGCGGAAACGAAUUUAAUGUAAAUGUAAAGAAUUUGUGAAACGUCUCUAAAUUUUAUCAAUAUGAAAAUGUUACGUUUUCUGUUUUUGGCUAAUGAAACGUUAACGCUCAGUUGUUAAGAAUUUCCAGAAUUAAAAAGUGGCGGACUCUCCAGCGAAUGCUAACUCGGCUCGGCCACACGCCCAGUGAAUAGUUAGCUUAGCUGGCUAACGGCUCGGCUGUUUUGUCUUUUCGCUCCUUCUCACGAAAUGGACCGCAAGAUGAUGCACUUGGGGAGAGCAAAGAAGCAACUUCGUUACUUCCAGACGGACGAAAAGACUUCAUGUUCACUGAAGAUCAAAGACGUCUUCUCGCUGAAUGACCUUGACAAUAUUUUUGAUGAUUUAGAUUCUGGGUCUGACUCAGCAAUGCCUCAGCUAUCACUGUUGCCCAAGAGUGAUAAGAUUGUGGAACAUGGGAAAGAAGACAGCUCACCAGAUCUCAAGAUAUCCUCUCCUUUUGGUGCAGAGGAGCCAGAGGCUUUGGCACCAGAAAAUCCCAUUCAGGAAGACCAUUUAAAUGGCAAAGAGAGCCCUUUUAAGGAGAUUGCUCCUAUUAAGACAUCCAGCCCUAUAGACCUAUUACCAGCUGAGGAUGGAGCAGGAGAUAUAGAAAGGCCAGAAACCUCUCCAAUACUCUUCGGUGUUGAGGAUGAAGAGCCAGUUAGACAUGACUUCAGCAAAUCUCUGCCGAAUCAGAGAUCUGAAUCCAGAGAGGAGUUUCUUAAAGGGGGCAAUGAAUCACUUGUUUCUCCACCGACUCGGUUGGAGUUUGGAAAGCCAGCAACACAGGAUGUUGUUUCUGUAACAAGAUGUAUGCCUGCACAGUCUUCCAAUACAACAUCCCAAGAGUGCCAAACUUCAGCACCAGAAGCAAGAGAAGAGUCACAAAUAGAUGGAAGCCCAAGUCUGUUGUUUCCUGUUUCGGCUCAGAACAGUCAUUCUGAACCUCUUCUGAAGGAGCAGUCUAAGAACCAGGUCCCAGAAGUGAAAUUAGAUGUGGAGGUCAAGGAAUCAUCUUUCCAGCAGAAGCUAAGAAAUGCUUUUAAGCCCAAAACCUUAUGGAAACAAGAAGCACGGAAACCACAAGCUCGUGCUCUUUCACCACUUGAACUCGAGGAUGAUUUCAUGAUACUGGAAGAUGAUGCUCCAAUUUUAUUUACCAUUCCAAAGAAGGCUAACAGUAGUCAGAAAGAAAAACAUGCAUUAGAAUGUGUGUCUGCAAAGCCAGAUGAUAAAAAAUCACCAUCUCAGGCUGAAUCAGCUGCUCCAAAGCUGGAAGAUGAACCUGGUACUGCAAAAACAAAGAAAACAAAGGGAAAGCAUGGAAAUACUUACAGUAAGGGUGAUAAAAACACCAUGACUCAAGCAACUGUAGAGGAGAGGAAUGAGCCUUUAAUGGAAGUGGAAGAAGUGGUGGGAGAUUGUGAGCCCUCUUCUGUUCCAGAGGUUAACCAAGAUGCUGAUUUACCUGAUACAGGUAAAUGGAGAAGAAACAACAAAGCACAUAUUAAGCUUGGCAAGAAAAAUGGAAAAAAUUAUGAUCAGGCCAUAAUCCCAGUUGAAGAGCCUGCAUCUAAAAGGAAGAAACCUGCCAAAAUAACUGGUGAUACCAAUAAUGCGCAAGAAGAACAUGCAUCAAAUGCAAAAAAGAAACCUAACAAGGCAAAAUCUAUUGUAAAAGGCGGUAUACCAGAGGGUUCAGCAAAAUUAGAUAAGCAAAUUAAUGACGAUGCUGCCUUGACAGACAAACAAGUGCCUAAACAGCAAGAGCAGGAAGAUAAGCUUCACAAGACCAACGAGCCACUUCUACAGCCUACAGAGCAACCUGAUGUGCAAAGCACAGCUCCAAUUAAGAAAGCAGACAAACGGCCUGCAUCGAAGCGAGGUACUUCGAAAAUGGUCAAGAAGGUGCAGAAGACAAAAGAAUGUAUAAAAGUAAAGGAGAUUCCAGUGCCUGAAUCUGAUGUUUCUGCAGAGGGGUCUGUGACUGCCAAGAGGAAGAGGAAACCACCUGGAGAGUGGUGGCUAACCACUGGCAAACAAAAUGAAGGCAACACACAGGUGCAAGAGGUGGCAGUUCAGGAGUCAUUGCAAGUUCAAAAAUCCAAUGUGAAAAGGAAAAGAAAAGAAACACGAGCUAUAUCAGCACAGAGUACUGAGGAGCAGGAGAGCCACAGUAAGACAAUCAAGCAUGUGACUCUUCAGAAAGUGGGGGAAAAAGUCAAGAAAUCUAAUAAUUCCACAAGUGACCAGAAAAACCCCAAAGUAGCAGGUGCCACACAAAAAACAAAGUCAGCAGCUUCAACCCAACGUCAAAUUCAGUCGAAGACACCAGCUCCUUCAGUUGGAGAGGCAGUUCACGAGGAUGUUGAACAAGUCAGCUCAAAAGCAUGUGGUCCUCCUAGACGGCAGACCCUUUCUUCAGGAGAAAAAAGGGUGUUUGAAAAGCUCUACACAACGGACAGUCAGUAUGGAUCUACCCAGAAACAUCCCCCGUCUGCACUUCAUCAACCAGAGAGUCUUCCAGUGAAACGACAGAGAAAACCCCCCUGCAACUGGUGGGAGGUGCCUCAGUCUCGGGGAUCUGUUGAAAGCUCUCUGUCACCACCAAGCUCUUCUCCACGAAAGUCCAAAGCACAGACGGCCCUUCCCUGUAAUGUAUUUGAUAAAGUAGCCAAUGUAGUCAGUUCACAAAAGACAGUGGUUCGUGCUCAGAAAAAAAAUAAAAUAAACACGAUCCAUACUCCAAAAUCUGCCAAAAGCUCUUUGGCUACAUUUAAAGCCAUAUUGGCCUCUGGAAAACCAGAGUCUUCGACAAUGAGGGGUUUUGAAAGGAGACACAAGGGCCGCAGAAACUUACUCCACUCUCUUGAAGAUCAGUCAGAGCAGUCAAGUGAGAACAUCCUCAGUGAUCAACAGCAUGGAAGCAGCCAUGCUACCUUUGAUGUUCAUCCAAGUGGUGCUAUCAUGGAUUCUUUUAAGGCCAGAAAGACAGCUGAUGCUAGAUUAUCAGAUGGAUCCAACAGAGCUUCUAGUGGAAUUGGUUUCAAAAGUGGCCCUUCAUCAAUGAUUGAGCUUGAGCGGUUUGAAGAGACUGAGGAUUCCGACUUGCCAUCUUCAAGGAUAGUCCCUUGCAUUCGGCACGUACCUCGCGUCCUGUUGGACUGUGAUCUGUGUGGCCCUCCACUGCGGCCCAUUGUCCUAGAACGUGAAGACUGGGACAACCUCUGUAUUUGGUUUGCUCACUUAUGGCCUUCCUCUUCAAAAGAAGGCAAGGUGUUUAGCGUGAUUAGCCCAGACGAUUUCCACUGGUACUCCCAUGGUGGAAGAGCUAUGGGUCAUAUGGUUGACCUUCAGAACAGUACAUUCUCAAAUGGCAAGAUUUUGUUGGGCUCAUAUAUGAAGAAACCUCUGCAGGUGGAUCUUCAUGCAGUAACAGUAUUUAAUGUUGCGUCAAGUUGUGUGAGGGUGGAAAUUGAUGGCGUCAAGAUGGUCUACAACUCGGGGGAAACAUUUAUGACACCUUGUGGGAAAUUUUACAGCAUUCACAACAUCUGCCGUGAACCUGCUGUACUGUGGUACCACAGGAUGUUACCAAAUGGUACAUGAAGCCAGUGGAAACAAACGAGUGGAUGGGAGGCACUGAUCAUGCCCUUUGGUACAUGUGUUUGUAGAUAUUUAAAAAAAAAAAGAAAAAAGUAAAGGCAUACCAAUGUUCUGUCAUCAGCAUGUAGAUAUAUUACUGUUUUAAAGGCAUAUGGACAUAGUAGUGCCAAAAAAACUGCUAUUGCCUUUGGCAAAUUUUGUUUGUAGUUUUAUGUAAAUAGUAUUGUGGAAAAAUGUAAAAAACUGAAUCUCAUUGACUCUGUUUUCGGGGGGGAAAAUGCCAUUUUUAUAAGCUUGUUAUUUAAAGUAAUGUGUACUGUCAAGUCUUUGAUAUGUGACAGAUAUCAGUGUAAAAUUAGAUGCCCCCUUAUAAGUGUUUAAAAUAAACUGCAAGUUGUCAGUAGGGGGCAACAUAUCAUUGUGUAUGCCUGCCUCUGUUCUUGCUUUAAAAAAAAAUAGCCAGUACCUGUCUGAAGAUGUGAGAUGCUGGAACUUUGUCAGCAUUUGUUUUUAUACACAGCAGUAGACAAACCUCAAUAAACUGACGGCAUUAUCCUGUGAA